UCUGUUCCCCUCCGCCUCUCUGAACGACGCUAGAUCGGCCCCAAGGAAGGAUGAACAAACAACAACAAUCAAUGCUCCUUCAGUCGGCUUCUAGUUUCCCACCUCCAAAAGGAACUAAGCUCUCUUAUGGCACUGCUGGAUUCAGAGCCGACGCAUCGAUCCUACAAUCAACGGUAUUUAGAAUUGGAAUACUUGCGGCAUUGAGGUCAUUAAAGACUGGCGGAUCUGUGAUUGGAUUGAUGAUCACUGCUUCACACAACAAAGUCUCUGAUAAUGGCGUCAAAAUUGCUGACCCAAGCGGUGGAAUGGUAACUCAAGAUUGGGAGCCAUUUGCUGAUUCUAUUGCUAAUGCCCCGGAUCCUGAAAGUCUCAUCCAGUUGAUAAAUGAAUUUGCAAAGAAGGAAAAUAUACCACUUGAUGGAGCAAAGGCAGCAACGGUGUUAUUAGGAAGAGACACCAGGCCUAGCGGUGAAUCUCUUGUCAAGGCUGCAAAGCAUGGAAUCUGUUCAGUAGCUGGAGCUGUUGCAACUGAUAUGGGAAUCGUCACAACUCCACAAUUGCAUUGGAUGGUUCGUGCCAGAAACAAGGGCCUCAAAGCAUCUGAGCUUGAUUACUUUGAGCAGCUUUCCAGCUCUUUCAGAUGCUUGAUAGAUUUGAUACCAAAGAAGAGUGGAGAUAAUAAUCCAGUUGGGAAGUUGAUUGUUGACUGUGCAAAUGGAGUGGGUGGGGAGAAGCUUCAAGUUCUCAAAGAAAAGUUAAAUGGGUUGCAUUUAGAAAUCCGUAAUUCAGGUGAAAGUGGUAUACUAAAUGAAGGAGUUGGUGCUGAUUAUGUACAGAAAGAGAAGGUUGCUCCUGAGGGGUUUGGUCCUGCUGAUGUUGGGAUAAGGUGUGCAAGUUUAGAUGGAGAUGCUGAUCGUCUCGUAUACUUUACAGUUAUACCAAACGGAAACAACAAAAUUGAACUGGUUGAUGGGGACAAGAUUUUGUCAUUGUUUGCUUUAUUUAUCAAAGAUCAGCUGAGUAUUCUCGGUGAUAAAAAUGAAUACCAACCCCGUGUUGGUGUUGUACAAACAGCUUAUGCUAAUGGUGCAUCGACCAAAUAUCUAAACCAGUUGGGAUUACAAGUCAUAUUUACACCCACUGGGGUGAAGUAUUUGCAUGGAAAAGCAGAAGAGUAUGAUAUUGGUAUCUAUUUUGAAGCAAAUGGUCACGGAACCAUAUUAUUUUCGGAGCAAUUUUUAUAUUGGUUAGAGGGUAGAAAGAACGAUCCUUCUUCAACGGCAAAAGGUUUAGAAAAGCAGAAUGCUGUUAAGAGGCUAUGGGCAGUCACUAAGCUGAUCAAUCAAGCGGUGGGUGACGCCCUUAGCGGGUUGCUUUUGGUUGAAGCAAUUUUACAACAUAUGGGAUGGUCGGUCGAUAAGUGGAAUGAACUUUACCAUGAUCUACCAAGCAGACAACUUAAGGUAAAAGUUGCGGAUAGAAGUGCUGUGGUGACGAAUUAUGCAGAAACUAGUGUUGAGAAGCCCCCUGGCAUUCAAGAAGCCAUAAAUGCGAUAACUGGAAAAUACCCACAAGGCAGAUGUUUUGUUAGACCAUCGGGAACAGAGGACGUUGUGAGAGUUUACGCAGAGGCAAACACACAGGAGGCAGCAGACGAGCUCGCGACUCAAGUCGCAAAGCUUGUCGAUCAGUUUCUUGGCUUCACUGCCUCUUAAACAAGUUGGUGAAGGCUUUUACAUUUUUUGUACAAUAAAAGACUUGUGUCUGCGGAGGUUUAAAUGCGGCGACUCUAGGAUAUCUGCAAUGCAGUUGGUCGUCUUGGGAUUAGUCAGCUAUAGUCGGCUAGCCAUAACAGGUUGGAUAUCCAGGUUAAUCGAAAAGUUGUUUGAUCGUUUGCAAUUUGAGCUACAACAUUAACCAUUUUUACUAUUAAUCUCUUGGCAGAUUAAUUUAAACUAUGUGUUUUUUAAAUUAUUCAAUAAAAAAAUUGA